AUGGCGGCCGCCGCGGCUGUCCGGUCGAGUGUGGGUCUGACUUUGAGGCUUUCUCGAGCUUUACCGGACUGCAGCACAUGUCCCUUCUACAGAUUAACCGGCUGUGUGAGCGGCGUGGGCAGUUUACAAAGGAGGGGCUCCUUUGAUAGCUUUCGGACCAUAAAUCGACACUUGCAGACGAGUAAAGGUCUGUACCACAGUGAGGAGGGCAGCUCCAAUGCAGAGGACCCCGACGAUGUGGUGAACGUGGUGUAUAUAGAUCGGUCAGGCCAAAGGAUCCCGGUUAAGGCCAAAGUGGGAGAUAAUGCCAUGUAUCUGGCUCAGAGGCAUGGAAUUGAACUGGAAGGAGCCUGUGAGGCAUCAUUGGCCUGCUCAACAUGUCAUGUCUAUGUGACUUCUUCCCAUUUUGACCAACUGGCAGAGCCUGAUGAGAGGGAGGAUGACAUGCUGGACAUGGCGCCCAUGCUUCAGGAGAACUCCCGGCUGGGAUGCCAGAUCAUUCUCAGUCCAGAGCUCGACGGCAUGGAGCUCACCUUGCCCAAAGUCACCAGGAACUUCUACGUGGAUGGCCAUGUGCCCAAACCUCACUGAGAAGAGGAGCGGGUGCCGAGAGUUGGAGAAAAAGACGAGAGGGGGGGGUGACGACGACGCAAGCUCGACGCCGUGUGUGCUAGGAUGGUAAAGUCCGUAGCAACUCCAAAGACUUCUUCCCGACUGACGAUUUCCACAGUUAACCAAUGACAGGACAGGCCUGCAGAUGACACCAGGCAGAGUCGGACACUAGUCAAGUCUCACUGAAAGUGAAAUUAAUGGUUCCUUCCAAGAAAAACAUAAAAGCUGUGAUGGUUUAACCGACAUAUUUAUUUAUGUGAAUUGUUCUCAGGCCAGCAUCAAGACGCCAUUCAAUCUCACCAACACCUGACAAUUUAAGAAACAGUUUCACAUUUUUUUUAUUACAUUGCAGAGCAAGUUCCAACGAAGUUCAUCUUUGCGCUGUUCAAUGGAACAUUCCUCAUUACAGCUCGUAUUACAAGAUGUUCUUAGUCAUUUCUGCCACUCUUGAGUCACUUCUUAGAUAUUGUAUGCAUUUACUUCCAUAUUUUUAUGUACCAGAUUAAUUUGUAUGUGUUUCUCUGGCUUAUCAACAUGUACCCACUGACUAAAGUUAGCCCCAAGUCAUAGACCUCAAAAAUGUUUUCCUCUGCAUGGUACGGAAGCCAGACAGAAGAAGCCAUUUAUCAUAAUGAAGUGCAUUUCAAAGACAAACGUUGCUUGAAGCUGAAAGGGUGCGCUCACAACAAAGGCAAUCGGAAUUUAGACUGUUAAAACUUACAUUUCCUUCACUAUGAACACUACAAAUCAUAUUUAGGCAAAUUGUGUUUCAGGUGCUCGAUGGAAAAUGCAUUUUAAAAGCACUUCCUCUCAGCUUCAGGUGUGCUUUGAUCGUGAGCAGAAUGGAGGUUGAGACUUGUGAGCUUCAUGUUACCAUGGAACGAGUUUACCACAUCUACCCUUUACUUGUUGAAGUCUAUUGUACUUGUCCUUACGCACAAAUGUAAGUCAACUGUGUAUAUAUCAUGUGUUAGAAAUGACUCAUAUUUAAAAUUGUGCAAUAAAAUGUUUUUAAAUGUAGUUUUUGAACACUGCCCUCAUGACCCAGCAACCUCAAACACUACAAGGACUCAAAGGGGACAAAAGUGAUCUUUCCAUUGUACUUAAAUUAUCGAAGCUAGUUAAUUGCGUAAUUAGCAGGCGGCUAUUGUUUGUAAAAAAAAAAUGUCCACUUUUACCCAGCAAGUAUCUUAACAAACAUUUGUACAUUCACAAAAAGUGCUUUGCAGCAGCUACCAAGUGGAACUGGAGUGAAGCGUGAGCAACGCUUUUAUUCCCCAGCAGGUGUAAUCUAGUAAACCCAAAACACCCGCGUAACUCCUCCUGGUCCAAAACACGACCCCGGUCAUAGCAACCAGCUCCAGCGGUGCGAGUUCCCAGUAAGUCGGCUUACUUCACCAAUAGGUUGAUGAUCGAUUUUGGAGAUCUAAGGCCCAACUGUGAAAGACGUGGGUAGCCGUAGAGGCCAUGACAGGCGCCUGCAGUGAGCCAGCAGUGUAUGCUUCAGAAUGUCUGUAGAGACACUUCCUCAACAUGAGCACAGGACCAAGGAAACAAGCUGCCUUCAUCCAGGGAAACCAGAGCACAGUUGAACACGGCGCUUCCCACUCAGCACUCUUCUACCUUUUCCAAGAAGUUUCCAAGCUUGCAUCCCCCGUCCACAACAGUUUCCUGGACACAAAUCCACCCUCCACAUGGCUGCACGAGACGUCUAGACAAGGUCCUCUUAUAGUCAAAAAAGAAGAAGAGGAUGCACAUCUGUUUAACAUCUCUAAUAGUUCCUGCCAGUAUAGUUUGUCGCCUUAUAAACAGAUGAAAAAAGUGAAGGAGGAGAGUCACAGCAGCAAGGUUACCACUUUGAUUGAGCCACAUCCUAAAUGCAACAGCCCCUGGAAAGUACUGGGUCUGAUCAAUCUGCAGUGUGAGAGGCUCCUCCAUCAAGAUGUGGAGUCAGAACCAAGUUUAGUAUCAUCUACCACAAAGUUAGGCCAUUCAAUUGACAAAUCAUCGACUGCGACAGCAGAUGUAACGGAUCAGGGAGUCGGCGGCGACUGUGUAGGUGUUCACUGCACUCUGAGACCUUCCCUUAUCUGCGAGAGGCAAGAAAUCCCAGCAUCUGUCAGUCUUGUGGAAGAUGUGAGCGGGCACUCCAGCAGAGCCAGAAGUUAUAAACCACAGUGCCGUGUGAAAGACUCCAAGGUAGGCUGCUGUGUUCGGUCACAGACGGCUGAAAAGGUCUCAGUGCUCAGUGUUGACAGACAACUUGGGUGGAACAACGAGUGUAAGACGGGUUGUGUCUCUUCUGAAACAGAUAUUUUGCAUGCACCCUUCUCUGAAAAGCUUUUGUCGCAAACACACAUCUCCUAUGCAUUCCUUAAUGCCCAGCUGACUUUUAAUUCAAACGAAGAUGCAAAUGUAGCUCUGUCGAAGCCUACACUGGACCUCAAUGCAAACCUUGCUUUGACUGCAGAGCCCCCAUGUGACUCCCAGCUGCCCCCUCCGAACCCCGUCCUGCCUCCUCCGCGAUCAGCAUCGCUGUUAUUUGGCACUACAGAGAAGUGUCAGUCGCUCGCAAAAAGAGAUGACAGAAUCAUAUCAUCUAAACCAGAAUGUACACACGCUCCAAUAGAGGAAAAAUGGCCUCCAGUUGCACAACUGAAAUCCUCACGCUAUAAUGGAGAAACAAACCCUUCCCCUUCUGCGACAUCAAAAACGGAACAGGGGCCACUGCAAAAGGAGGGAAUUGCGUCUCCAUCUACGCAGAGGUGGAGAACCAAGACUCCCAGAAAACAACCUCAUCCCAGGCGGAGUGCCGAUAUCCAUGACCCAGACUUCCAGGGAGUGACGUUCAGGAUGGACACGGAGCUGGACAACAAUAGGGAACAGUGUCGGCUCCUCAUAACUUCCAAAUACAGCAAGGAGCUCCACAAGAGUGUGAGGAAGCCGAGGCUGAGGACGCGGACGUCCCAGAAAUCCAUUAAAACUAGCAGCUCGGAUGAGGAGAGUUACCUGACGGCCAGCGUCUCCAAGGGUAAAGUGUGUGCAUCCUGCUGCACCAGGAAGACCCCCAUGUGGAGGGAUGCAGAGGACGGGACCCCACUCUGUAAUGCCUGUGGAAUAAGGUAUAAGAAGUACAGAGUGCGCUGUGUCAAAUGCUGGCACAUCCCCAGGAAAGAGGGCAACUCCAACUCACGCUGCCUCAAGUGUGGAAACUUUGUGAGGCUGACCUCAACUCAGCGGAAACCCACCGCCUAGAGAAACACACUCAGAGCAAAGGUUUUUUUACGUCCACAUGUGACGAAGCUCUGCACACAACUAUCCAAGACUACUCUCUCUGGCUCCGCAGCUCUUUGUCCUCUACGGUUCACUGCAGGUGGGAAUGCCAACGUAGAGGAGCAGCACCAGCUUCUUAUAUGACUCAGUAUUUAAAUGAGUGUCACUGCUACAAUGUUGUACGUCAGGAAAUGGCACUAAUUCCCUUUGGCUCUAUGGCUGCUCUCAAGGUGCCGUACAGACCAGGGAACAUAAAAAGGAAAAAACUCUGAAAAACUACCUGUACAGUUGACAGGUUUGUUUUGUACUGAUUUGUAGCAUCACUGUAGCAUUAAUGGGAUCCUGAAGGGCUAAGAAGUGGACACAUUCAGUGGAAAGUGUUGGCGUUUCUUCAUCUAAAUAGCUCCAGCAUUGCUUGUGUAUAAUGGUCAGCUGCGCCAGAUGGCUGCAGCCGAAAGUUAUUUUUGCACAGGACCACAAACUGCAACCUGAGCUCAGUGUUGCCUUCACUGUCAUUAACUGCAAAACAAUUUCCUUCUCGGGACCUUUUUUCGACAGCAAGACAGUCUGCUAAGCUCAGUGGAUACACAUUUAGUUGCACAUGUUAAAUGAAGUUAUUUAUCGUCUUUGUCAUCGAUUCUAACUGUGGUUUGUUUGUUUUUGUUGUUGUUCAUUUGGGUUGCAUGCCAGUUUAAUUGGUGCACGGAUUUCCUCAGCAUUGCUGUUUCUCUGGGAGAUGAAUAUACAUAGAUUUGUGUGUGUGUUGCAUGCGUUUUGGUCUGUAUUAAAUUCUGUAAGAAACAUUUGAUUUG